AGAGAGAAGAGAGAGAUAGAGAGAGAGAGAGAGAGAGAGAUUUUUAAUACUGGAACAGAACUUGCUCUAGCUCGAAACCCUAGAAAAAUCCCUAUCUUCUUCUUCUUCUUCUUCCUCCUUCUAUUCUAAACUAUUCUCUUCCUCUUCCUGUUUUUGCUGAUGGAUCCCUUUGAUUUGAUUCGUAAAGGGUUUGGCUGAAGCUUGCUGAAAGUUGAGUUUUUAUUUCUUCUAUGCAUGUAUAUUAUAGUGUUUUAUUCAUUUUCAUUUAACUAAAUAAUGAGCUUAUCCAAGAAAGGAACCCAAGCUAACACCACGAAGCUGAGCAACCUAAGCAAGGCAACAUCCUUGAAUCCAAAUGCAGCAGAGUUUGUUCCCUUUUUCCUUAGAUCAUCAUCAUCUGGAAGCACCAGCACCGCAGAUGCGGCAACAAGGCUUGCUAAUUCUGGGACUUUAGGAAAAGCAGUGCUAGAUAGAUCAGAGUCAUCUGUUUCGAAUAUUUCUGAUGAAGAGGCCCAUCAAUACUGGCGUCGCCAGCUCCCCGAUGAUAUUACUCCUGACUUUAAGGUCAUGGGAGAAGAUGAAUCUCAAGGUAUUGGGAACCUCUCUUUGGCGGGUUUGUCCUUGCAUGAUGUUAGUGAAGCUUCAAAGUUUCCUGCUUCUCCAGGCAGUGGAUACUUGUUAAAUGAGCAGCAAGAAUUAUCUCCACACAAUAUUAAUGGUAAUAGCUAUGCUGGAAAGUUGAGAUUUCCUGCUUCAUCCUAUGGUGAAGAUUUGUCGUCGCCUAGUUUUCUUCACAUGUCACCUAAGCCAUGGGAUAGUCAAACUGUGAAUAGUCAUCAGUUCAGGGAGGGGCCUCCUUAUGAUAGCAAUUCUAGACAUGGGUUUGUGAACGAUAUGUUGGGUGAGCAAGCAAUUGUGGAGGAUAAUGAAAUGAACCCCAUUGAGUUAUUGGUUUCUCAUUUCCCAGGUUUUGCUGCUGAAAGCCUUGCAGAAGUAUACUUUGCCAGCGGAGGCGAUAUAAACCUGACAAUUGAGAUGCUCACCCAGUUAGAGCUUCAAGUUGAUGGUGGUUUCAAUCAGAGUAUGAACUCAAAGACCUUAUCAACCCCCAAUCUUAGUUCAAUGGACUUCCCUGCCCUUACUGUUCCCGAUAGUCAGAAUGGUCCUCCAAAAUAUGCUGGAGAUGAUCUCCAACAAAAUGGCAAUCCUUUUCGAUCUUCUGACAAGGACAACAUGCUUAUGUUCAAAUCUGGAUCUUCCAUUCCAUCUAGGGGUGCUAUAGAUUUUGCUUCAGCUGUCAGGAAAUUGGCAUCUCAGGAUUCUGGUAUAUGGAAGUAUGAAAGAAAUGGUUCUGCUGAUGCCACUAUUGGCUCAAGUAGAAGUUCCCAUGUUUUGGCUAGUGCUUACAGUAGUGGACAAGGGAGAGGCAUCUAUGGUGACAGGCUGCAAGAUCGUGGUUCUGCUCGAGCGGCUCCUGUCUGGCUUGAAACUGGAGAUGCUGUUGCAAAUAUGUAUUCUGAGCUGCGAGAGGAAGCUCGUGACCAUGCACGCCUGCGCAAUGCAUACUUUGAUCAGGUAUGCCUUGAAAAUUUUUCAAACUAUCAUUUUAUGUAGAAAAAACAAUUGCUCUCUCUCUAAACUCCUACCUGAAAUUUUUAGUAGAAAACUCCGGCAUGUAAGAAUAAAUUUUGGCAGCCUGUGGAGUGAGGUAUUAUUUCUAAUUUCGAUUCACUUAAGUGGGUUCGAUUCAUGAGAAGAAAUAUGACCUGCACGCAGCUUCCUUUAUCACUUCACUCCCCCUCUUCUUUCCCCUUCUUGCCUCCUCUCAAUGUGAUUAAAGUGUAACUUGUGUAUUUCUGGCCACCUCAAUGGUCGGUUGAUAAACAAAGAUGAACAUAAAAAAGUAAAAAUAAUAUAUAAACACCCGAGAGGUCAGGCUUUGGUGUGGUGACAAUUGCUUUUCACCCAAAGUGACAUGUCACGGGUUCGAUUUACCAUCAGCCUCCCCCCCCCCCC